UUCCUUCUUUCCCGAUUAGCCUUAUUUUACAUUCAUCAGUAAGUAUAAUAAGUCUUCCCAUACUUCUCUGUAGUUUUUACAUUUGUUGUUUCUUACUGUAGUUGGGCAACGUAAUCAUCCAAGUGAUUGCUCCAUGCUUUUUAGUUAAGCAAAGGGUAGAGGACUUCUUGGCUGGGGAUGUCAGGGAUGCAAAGAUCUCUUGGUGGGAAUGUUAAGUAUAAAAGCAUUAUUGCCAUAGCCUACAAUCAAAAGCAACUGAUGACUUUUGUUCCCUCUUAUUUCUAGCUGAUAUAUCAGUGACGAUACCAUUUCAGCAGCAUGAAUGUUGGAGCCUCAGUCAUUGGAGUCUUCUUAUGUCUUUGGGGACUUUAUUUGUCUCCAAGGAACACUGGAUGGAAGGGUUUCUCGCAACAUUUUGGAGUUUGUUGUGUGGUUGGGUUCAUCUCAACUAUGUUUUUAUAUCUUGGCUUGUAUUGGUUCCUAUCUUCCUCCAUAAUCUUCUUCCUACCUUUCUGGAUUACUAUGACUAUCCUACUGUCUUGGUCCAAGCAUGUACGCUGUUUUGCUAUUCUCUUCUUUCUCUCUUGUGGACUACAUGAAGGCAGAAAUGCUCUGAUUGCUGCAGGAACAGGAAUUGUGACAUUUGGACACGUGAAAAAUAUUUUCCAUAACCUGAAAGGACUACUUGAAGGGAUAAUGUGCAACCUCAAUUUCAAAAGUUUUGCUAUUCAUUUUCCUCUCUUGAAUAAAUACAUUGAAGCAAUUCAGUGGCUUUAUAGUCUUGUCACAGAUAUUGGUCUGCUUGAAGAGAUUGUCUCUUGGAAUCACACGCUAGCCAUGUCUAUUCUCACUCCCAGCAAAGCCUUUGAGAUUAGGCUAAAUGACACCAAAGGAGAAAUCCUAAGUGUGAUAGACCAUGUAACCACUGUCACAGAGGUGGUGUCUUCUCUGGGCCAAGGGCUAUUGACCAUCAUUGGAUUUGCUCUAGUCCUAUUCACCACAGGACGCUUCAUGAAAUGCUUCUUGGGCCCUCAUAACCAUAAAUUUGAAAACGUCUACAUCACCAGACAUUUUGUUCAAUUUGAUGAAAGUGAGAGGCAUCAAAAAAGGCCCUGUGUCCUUCCACUUAAUAAGCAGGAAAGAAAAAAGUACAUUAUCAUUCCUUCCAUCUGCUUGGCUUCCAAAGAGAAGAGAAGGCUUGGACUGUUUUUCCUCCCCAUAUUGACAAAUCUCUAUGUCUGGGCCAUGUUUGCAGCCUUGGAUUAUGGGUUGUAUCAGCUCAUUUCUUCAAUUAAUAGACAUCUCCAAAACUUGCCAGGAAUGGAGGUUCACUUGAAACUAUACAGUGAGGUGAAAGGAAAUCAUGAUAUCAUAAAUGACUCAUCCUUUAAUAUAUCUCUGUUUGAACCCAACUGUAUUCCCAAACCUGAGCUCUUUAUGUCUAAAACAUGGAUUCCACUAAGUGUCAUUAUUCUGAUGUUGGUGGUACUAGGUUUGCUAUCCUCCAUCCUAAUGCAGUUUAAAAUCCUAGUGUCUGGGUCAUUCUACCCUGAUGUAGAAAGAGAUCGGGUACAAUAUCUGCAUGCCAAGAUCCUCAGGAGAAGAUCCAAGCAGUCAUUGAGGAAAGGAGAAAAGAAACUGAGGCAGUUUAUUACAGAGCUGCACUUCUGGUUUCCCAUCCUGAAAAUGUUUGGGGAGGGCACCAUAUCUCCUGCAAAUGAAAACAAUCCUUGAAAAAUUCCAAGCAGCUCUUCAGCUAAAUUUAUCUCAGCAGCUCUCCUCAGAUUUAUGGAUGCGUGGCACAUGUCACGGUUCAUUCUCAACUGUAUGGAAAUGUGACAUUUACUUUCAUUUUAUAGGCUUAGAAUUUUCAGGGCCAACACUGAAGAACUCUAGAGGCUGCUUAUUUCCUCCAGGGUACAUAUUAUGUGCAAUUAGCCUGGGCUGCCACCAGCUUGGCAGAAGAGGGAGGGUCAAGUGGAGGAGGAAGAGUUUCAUUUUAAGUUUGUGAUGAGCAGCAUGGUGAUAUGGACAAGGAAAUAAGCAUAUAUGUAGCACCUAAUAUGUGCCAGGUGCUGUGCUAAGUAUUUUUAAAAUAUUAUCUCAUUUGAUUUUCUUUCAGCAGCCUGUAGUAUACGGGUUAUUGUUAUUACCCUCACUUUAUAGUUGAGGAAACUGAGGCUGGUUAAUUGAUUUGUUCAGGGUCACAUGGCUAAGUAUUUGAGGAUGGAUUUGAAAGCAUCCUGCCCCCAGACUAAUUUCUCUAACCUCUGCUCCACAUAGCUACUUAAUGAAAAGGUUGUUGGACUUGGUAUCAGGCAAAAUCUGGGUCCAAAAAUAUGCCUUUGACAUUUACUGAGUGGCAUCAGAAAGUUACUUUGCUUCAGUUUUUUCAUUUGUAAAAUACAAAAUAUUAGGUAGCUAUAACAUUAGCUUUAGAAUCAAAAAGACUCAUCUUCCUAAAUUUAACUCCAGUCUUAAACACAUACUAAUUGUAUGACCC